GGCCCGUUCGAAUCGGCAAUUUCAUUUUCAAGAGAUUCGACGCCAUUUCCUCUCUCGGCCUUCCCUUGAGGAAUUGUAGAGUAUCCCUGUCUUCCUCGACUGCCCUACUUAUGCUCCGAACCAAUUUCAGCCAUGUUCUCCAUCGCAGCUAUCAACGACUCUGAUUCCAGUGGCCAGCGGGAGCCUCUUGCCCCUACCAAGGAAGCCCAGGAAUUCCAUCUUUCUCAGAGUUAUCAUGAGGGGCUUCUGAAAUUGCAAGACAAGGAUUAUGCAAGAGCCCGUGAGCUUUUUGAAGCUGUCUUAAAAGAUCCUCUCAUAUCAAGUUCACAGAUUGGUAUGAAUGCUGGUGAUGGCCACCUGUUACAGCUGAGAUUUUUGUCAUUGAAGAAUCUUGCUUUGGUUUUUUUCCAACAAGGCUUCGAUCAUUACAACAGUGCUCUUCACUGCUAUCUUCAGGCGGUGGAAAUUGACUCUAAAGAUUCAGUUGUUUGGAAUCAGCUUGGAACGCUGGCUUGUACAAUGGGCUUAUUUAGUACCUCACGCUGGGCUUUUGAACAGGGCCUUUUAUGCAGCCCCAACAAUUGGAACUGCAUGGAGAAACUCCUGGAGAUCUUAAUUGCUAUCGGAGAUGAAGUUUCAUCCCUUUCUGUGGCAGAGCUGAUACUGAGGCACUGGCCUUCACAUUCACGUGCGUUGCAUGUGAAGAAGAUAAUCGAGGAUGCAGAGCUGAUACCAUUUGCGCCUCGUGGUAUAGAUAAGCUGGAGCCUAAGCAUAUUAGAUUGAAGUUUCCCGAGAAGAGAAAAGUAGCAGAUGACAUGAUUGAUGAGAAUGUCUCAUCAAAAAAACUAAAACAGUCGGUUGAGCUACAAUUGUCAGAACCUAGUUGGGCAAUUCUUGCAGAUGCAAUUUUAGGCCUAUUGCUUCCUUCAGCGAGUAUGUUGUCUGAGCAAGAGUUAUCAAGACAAGAAACUUCACUUAAUGGUAAAGUUGGUUGCAGGCGAGGGGAUACUGAAAAUGUUGAUGAACAAGCAUUUCAAGCAUUUACUAAUUCAAGAAUAAACAUACACUUGUCCUCAAAUUCAAAAAUUAUUGUGGAUUCUUCUAGACCAGUGACUUGUCCAGCUGGUGAAAGUAUGACCGUCUCUUCUUGUAGUUUUGAUGAAACAAGAAUGAUUAAGGAUAAGGAAAUCUGUGCGGACAAAGAACAUCAUCAAGAAAGGCGAAGCAUGCGCCUUGAACGGCUAAGAAGUCGCAAAUCAGGGAAAGAAGAGUUGGAAUUUUCAAGUGGAAAGGAUUCUUCAAAACUUAUAUUGCAAACUUUAGAACCUUUUAUACUCAACAAGUCUGGAACAAGUAACGUUGAUUAUUCUGGAAAUAAUAAUUUUUCUUAUGCUGACAUUCUUACAUAUUCAUCAGUUCAGGAAUGCAAUGAUGUUACUCAAUUCAUAUAUAAGGCUUCAAAAAAUUGUGGAGCUUACCAUAUAGGACAUAUGUUGCUAGAAGAGAUUUCUAAAGUGAAUGUUCCUAUUCAGUUUUGUUUUGCUAAGAUCCUGGAAAUAGAAAAGUUGACGAGGCACUGGGGUCAGGAUAGGACUCCAUCUUGCAGCCUGUUUCUAGCUGAGUUAUGUUUUGAUCAAGGUUCAGUAUCUACUGAUAAAUCUAAGCAAGUUGAUUUUUUCUCCGACUCAUCUUAUCAUCUAUGUAAAGUGAUUGAGUUGUUGGUUAUCGAUUCAUCAAAUAACUUAGAUGGUGUACAAGACUAUCAAAGUAACUCCAAAGGCAACUCGUGUGUAGAUUAUACUAAUAAUGCAACAAAUCCUUUGAGUUGCUCUUCAGAGAAUGACAAUAUUCUAAUCAGCGAUAUUUUCCACUCAAGCGUUUUAGAUGUUACUUCUGCACUAACAAAUAAUUGCACAUUUUGGGCUCGUUUCUUCUGGUUAAGUGGCUGCCUGUCUGUUUUGUAUGUUAGCAAAGAAAAAGCAUUGAAGGAAUUCAUCAUUUGCUUAUCAAUUUUGAGAAAAUAUAGCGAGACGUCAGAUUCUGUGCCUUUACCUCAUUGUAGAGUUAAGGCACUUACUAUUGACAAGGUUAUUAAUGAAAUUAAUUUGUUAACGUUAGAUGCAUUGCUUCAAAAGGUUAAUGGGGACUUUAUGGAGAAAGGCUUAUAUGCAAAAUGUAUAGAAAUGCUUUCCCCACUCUUACUUUCCACAAAGGAUGUCUACCUUGACGUGGUAUCAGCUUCCUCAAAGGAAAGUGAAGGGGUAAUAUCACUCGAGUUAAGGGCUAUUGAUGUCUUAAUAUCAGCUUGCCAAAAAACAGAGCCGUUGAAUGCUGAACUCUAUUUAAAUUGUCACCGACGGAAAUUGCAAUUGGUUAUUGCUGCUGGCAUGUUAGGUUUUCGUACAUUUCAAAAUGAUGAUAGAAGCUCAUUUCUCAAAACAAGCCAUGCCUCUGAUUUGGGAAAUCCGGAGUCUGUGGAUGAGCGGUGGUUAGAAAUGGUUGCUGAAGAAAUAAAGGAUAUAUCUCAAAUAGCGUCAAGGCUGAGGGCUACGAUUGACCAAAAUUUUACUCAUGGUUGCAUGGAUUCUUUGGAUAGUGUUAUUGGUAAUAUUCAGAGUCUGCUUUUAACAGUUAUAUGUAGUUCCUUGGGAAAAAUCCUCAACCAGAAAGGCUCAAUACCCGGAAAUUUAAAUACCGCUGAUCACUCAGAAUGCUGUCUUCUUGUUGAUGCUGCUAUUGCAUUCUGCAAGCUGCAACAUCUUCAACCUUCAAUUCCUAGCAAAGCUCAAGUUGAUCUUAUUGUGGCUGUCCAUGACUUGCUUGCGGAAUAUGGACUUUGCUGUGCUGGUCGGGACAUUAAUGGAAAAGAAGGGGCAUUUCUGAAAUUUGCAAUCAAGCAUCUUUUGGCUUUAGAUAUGAAAUUGAGAUCAUUACAUGGUUCGAACGGAAAAGAGGAAAUACUACAAAGAGAUGGGCAAGAAGGAAUGAAUGCUGAUUGUUGCUUGCCCAAGGAUGAGGUUGAAAAUGGAAAGUUUCAGAUUGAUUUGAACUCUGACUCUACUGGAGAGAAAUAUGGAGCACAUGUUAUUAACGGAAUUACUAACCAGAUAAUUGAUACUGAAAUAGAAAAAGUGCAGACGGGUAUUGAAAAUGCUUUAGAUCAGAGCUUUUUCUGUUUGUAUGGCCUUAACAUAAACCCAGAUUCUUCAAGUGAAGAUGACUUGGCCUUACAUAAAAAUACUAGUCGUGGAGAUUAUCAGACCAAGGAACAGUGUGCUGAUGUCUUUCAAUACGUUUUACCAUAUGCAAAAGCUUUAUCUAGAAAUGGCUUGGUGAAACUUAGAAGAGUGUUCAGAGCCAUUCGGAAACACUUCCCACAACCACCAGAUGAAUUAUUGUUGGAAAAUUCAAUAUAUAGAUUUUUAGAUAGCACCGAGUUAUCUGAGGAUUUGCUGUAUGAAUUAUCCGGAAGCGAUGACAAUGAUGAUGCAGUCUUGAAUCUACUUUUCAUUAAUGGUAGAUGGCCUGAUACACUUCAAGCAUCAUCAGAUAUUGGCUGCAGCUCUGAAAAAUACAUGGAGGUUUAUGGAAACUUGUAUUAUCUUAUUGGUCAGGCUGAGGAUACUAGUGCUACUGAUAAAUAUCCUGGCUUCGUACUCAAGAAGGAAGGCGAAGAAUUCGUUGAACAAAAUGCCAAUCUUUUUAAGUAUGAUUUACUGUACAAUCCUUUACGUUUUGAGAGCUGGCAUAAGCUUGCUAAUAUCUAUGACGAGGAAGUGGACUUGUUGCUAAAUGAUGGAAGUAAGCACAUAAACAUUUUGGACUGGAGAAAGAAUGCUAGUCUGCCUCAAAGAGUUGAAAUUGGCCGAAGGCGUAGCAGACGGUGUUUAUUAAUGAGUUUAGCUUUAGCUAAGUCUUCAGAUCAGCAGAGCCAAAUACAUGAAUUGCUUGCACUAGUUUACUAUGACAAUAUUCAGAAUGUUGUUCCAUUUUAUGAUCAAAGAUUUCAUGUGCCUAAAAGGGAUACAACAUGGAGGAUUUCUUGUCAGAAUUCAAUGAAACAUUUUGAAAAGGCUUUUGCACUCAAGCCUGAUUGGCUUCCUUCAUUUUACUUGGGAAAGCUCUGCGAAAAGCUGGGAUAUUCACAUGAUCGGGCUUUUUCAUUUUAUAGUAAAGCUGCUUCUUUGAAUCCUUCUGCAGUUGAUCCUGUAUAUAGAACACAUGCUUCCCGCCUAAAGUUGCUUUAUACUCGUGGGAAAAGAAAUAUAAAUGUUCUUCAGGUAGUUGCUGCAUAUGCUUUCAAUCAUGAAGCAAAAGAAAAGGUCCUCAACAUGUUCGGUUGGACAUCGGAUGAUCUUCUAAAUUCUGAUGGUGCAAAAGAUAUAGCUCCAAAAAACUCGAACGAGGAAGGGAACACUGAAAUUCUGUUGGAUGAUGCAUGGCAUUUACUUUAUGAUGAUUGCCUGUGUGCUCUACAAGUUUGCGUUGAGGGUGGUGAACUGAAACACUUUCACAAGGCAAGGUACAUGCUUGCCCGGGGAUUAUAUAGGAGGGGUGAGCCUGGUGAUCUGGAGAGGGCAAAGGAUGAACUUUCCUUCUGCUUUAAGUCAUCACGGUCUGCUUUUACAAUAAAUAUGUGGGAGAUAGACGGUGCAACCAAAAAGGGCAGACGGAAAUAUCCAGGUCAUGGUGGAAAUAAGAGGAAUUUGGAGGUUAGCUUGUCAGAAAGUUCUCGAAAAUUUAUCACCUGCAUCCGGAAGUACCUUUUAUUUUAUUUGGACUUGUUGGGAAGGACUGGGGACUUGUCUACUCUAGAGAGAGCUUAUACGUGUUUACGGACUGAUAAAAAGUUCUACUUGUGCCUGUGUGAUAUUGUGCCUAUAGCUAUUGGAAAAUAUGUUCAAGUUUUGGCAUCAUCAAUUCAAAAUGCUGGGGCUGUUGGAUCAGCUGAUAAGAACGCUCUCGAGCAAUUGUUGGACCGGAUGUUUAACUUAUUCAUCGAUCAUGUCAGCAUUUUGGCAGACUUGAGCAGUUUACCUGAGUUGAAUUACUCUGAAAUAUCAGAGGCAAAUCUGUGUGGUUAUAUCCAUCAAUACAUUGAUUUACUUGAGAGCGACAUCCGAUUGGAUGCUCUAGAAGUGAUUAAUGAGAAGAUCCGAAAGCGCUUCAAAAAUUCAAAAUUGUCUAGUACUAACUUUGCAAAAAUUUAUAAGCACGCUUCUUUGGCUUGGUGUCGCGCACUUCUUAUGAAGCUAGCUUCAGUAACCCCUGUUCCAGAUGGUGUUUACCCACCUGAUCUGUCUCAUCAUGCUGCUGCUUCAGAGAAUGACCUCCUACUUUAUGUUGACCUCCAACCAGAUGAGUUUUUCAGCACAACAUUAUUGGAAGGCUUAACACAUUCCAAAGGUCUUGAUUUGAACUGGUACCAGAUUCUAUCAAAAAUUAAGGAUGUUUGUGUUAGACAAGCAUCUGAAGAGAAUCUUGAGGCCUUAGCCGCUCUCAUGAGAAGUUCCUACAACUUCUUCCGAGAGAGCUCGUCUGCCGCACUUCCAUCUGGCAUCAAUCUAUACACUGUUUCGUCAUCUCAUGCUCCUGUUGAUGGACUGCUUCCCCUGGAGAAAGGAAAGAUUGAAUUCCUUGAUCUCAGUAUACCGAGGAAGCUUCUUUUGUGGGCUUACAGUUUGUUCCAUGGUCGAUAUGCGAAUAUUUCAAUUGUUUUGAAGUUCUGUGAAGAAAAUGCUAAGUCGAGAAUGAGAAGGGGAGCAGUGGCAUCGCCAAUUAUUUCACAGGGGAAUAUGCAUGUUGGUACAAUUCAAGCAGCUGAAAUGGAGGAUAACCAAUCUGUUUCCAAGUCUCUUGCCCUACAUCAAGAGGAUGCUGCAACUAUUUCAAAUGUGUUGCUUGCCAGAAAUGAAGCUCCAAACGCCUCAGUCACAGAUCCCUCGGCUCCAUCUGUUGUAGCUCUUCCAGCUUCACACCUCACCCGUUGCACUGCAACUAAGGGCCCAGAAAAUGCCCAACAGGGCAUUAAUUAAAGAAAAAAAAUGGCAGAUAUUGCAGAUUCAUCCAUUUGAUGAUUGUUCUCGGAGAGUGUCAUUUGGAUUGGAACCUCAAGGUAAGGAACUGGUAAGUAGAAAAUCAUUUAGAUUGAUACGGGAGAAUAUUUUUGGAGUUCUUGUAGCUCUUCCCCCUCGAGUUUGCUGGUUUCCUUUUUUUAGCUGUAUAAAAGUUACGUGGAUGUUUAUCUUAAAACCUGUGCAUAAGUUCUAGGACGAGAAAGCUUCUUUUGUCUGCUUAGUGGAGAGUUUAUUUAUUUUUAUUUUUUCAUUGUAAUUUUGCUUGGAAUUCCAUAAUAUUGAUGGCUUAUUUUCAAAACCUUUUAACAA